AUGUCUUUCAAGAGGGAAGGAGACGAUUGGAGUCAACUCAAUGUGCUCAAAAAACGAAGAGUCGGGGAUCUGCUUGCCAGUUACAUCCCAGAGGAUGAGGCGCUGAUGCUACGGGAUGGACGCUUUGCUUGUGCCAUCUGUCCCCACCGGCCUGUCCUGGACACUCUGGCCAUGCUGACUGCCCACCGUGCAGGCAAAAAACAUCUGUCCAGCCUGCAGCUUUUCUAUGGCAAGAAGCCACCAGGAAAGGGCACAGAGCAGAAUCCAAGACAGCAUAAUGAACUCAGGAGAGAAGAGACCACAGCAGAGGCUCCUCUCUUAACCCAGACUCGACUUAUCACUCAGAGUGCUUUGCACAGAGCUCCUCAUUAUAACAGUUGCUGCCGCCGAAAGUACAGACCAGAAGCCCCUCGUCCCUCUGUCUCUCGUCCCCCUUUGCCACCCCCAGAGGUUGAACCCCAAGGUGGGAAGAUCAAUAGAGCACCUGAGCCUGAGGCUGGUUCACAGACCAAGGAGUCAGCCACUGUCUCAUCCCCCGCACCUAUGAGUCCCACAAGAAGACGGGCCCUGGAUCAUUAUCUCACCCUUCGAAGCUCUGGAUGGAUCCCGGACGGACGAGGUCGAUGGAUAAAAGAUGAAAAUGUUGAGUUUGACUCUGAUGAGGAGGAACCCCCUGAUCUCCCCUUGGACUGA